CGGCGGUUGGGAACUUGGGUUUCGCCGGGGAGCGGGAGCGGCCGUUGGGGCGGCAGGUAAAGAAGAUAUUGAGCUGUUACUCAGUUGUUAUAGUUGAUUGCAUUCUACUAGCCUUCAAGACUUGUGUUGGAGUUAAAGUGUAAGUUGUGACAAUGACAACUGAAGUAGGCUCAGAGACUGAAGUAAAGAAAGAUUCUGAGCAUCUGGGACCAGACAAACCCAAGGACAAACCUGGAAAAGCAUCAGAGACUUCAGAUAACCAGAAGUCCAGGGAAACAUCCUCUGAGGAAACUCAAGAUUCUUCCUCUGUCCCAGCAGCAACUAGCCAAAGCAGUCCACGUAGCCAAAAGAAGGAAAAAGCUUCACCUGAAAGCAAGGGUAUUUCUCGUUUCCUUCCCCCCUGGCUUAAGAAACAAAGAUCAUACACCUUGGCAGAGCCCAAAGAUGAAGCCAAGAAAAGGACCACAGGGGAAGAACAAGUAGUUGAAGAAAGUGAAUGCCCUCCACCAAUGGGGGUGGCUCAGCCAAAAAAGAGCUUAGAAGAAACAGCUGCUGAAAAUCGGCAUAAUGCUAAAGCAGAUGACAAAGAAGAAAAGCACUCUGUUAGUAGUGCUGAAACACAGCCUGCCAAAGAAGAUGGUAAAGGAGAGAAAGCUGCAGAGAAAAAGGAAGAAAAAGAACAAAGGGAGACAAAAGAAGUACAGACAACUGAAAUUAAAACAGAAAACAUUCUUCAGAAGUCUCCCAAGAAAAUGAAAACUGUGCAGUGUAAAGUGAUGCUUCUGGAUGGCACAGAAUACAGCUGUGACCUCGAGAAAAGAGCAAAAGGCCAAGUGCUGUUUGACAAAGUGUGUGAGCAUCUCAAUUUACUGGAAAAGGACUAUUUUGGACUAUUGUUUUAUGAGAAUUCAGAACAGAAGAACUGGCUAGAUUCUUCAAAGGAAAUUAAGAGACAAAUUCGAAGUUUACCUUGGAUAUUCACCUUUAAUGUGAAGUUUUAUCCUCCUGAUCCUUCACAGUUGACUGAAGACAUCACUAGAUACUUCUUGUGCCUACAGCUUCGUCAGGAUAUUCUUUCUGGUCGACUGCCGUGUUCUUUUGUGACUCAUGCCCUCCUUGGUUCGUAUACCCUGCAGGCUGAGCUGGGUGAUCAUGACCCAGAGGAGCACCGUGGUGACUACAUAAGUGAAUUCCAGUUUGCACCCAAUCAAACUCAAGAAAUGGAAGAGAAAGUAGCUGAGCUACACAAAACCCACAGGGGCUUGACUCCAGCACAGGCAGAUUCCCAGUUCCUAGAAAACGCUAAGAGACUCUCCAUGUAUGGAGUGGAUUUACAUCAUGCCAAGGAUUCUGAAGGUGUGGAUAUCAUGCUGGGUGUAUGUGCUAAUGGACUGCUCAUUUACAAAGACAGACUCCGGAUCAACCGCUUUGCUUGGCCAAAAAUUCUGAAGAUUUCCUAUAAGCGAAGUAAUUUCUACAUCAAAGUCAGGCCAGCAGAACUGGAACAGUUUGAGAGCACUAUUGGGUUCAAACUGCCCAAUCAUCGGGCUGCUAAAAGAUUGUGGAAAGUUUGUGUGGAGCACCAUACUUUCUUCAGGCUUGUAUCACCAGAACAGCCUCCGAAAGCAAAGUUCCUGACCCUGGGUUCCAAGUUCCGCUACAGUGGCCGCACACAAGCUCAGACACGCCAGGCAAGCAACCUCAUAGACAGACCUGCUCCACACUUUGAGCGCACUUCGAGCAAACGUGUGUCCAGAAGCCUUGAUGGAGCUCCCAUGGGUAUCUCAGAUCAAAGUCUGCUAAGAGACUUCCCUUCUACUGGAGGACAAGCUGCUGGAGUUAAAAUCAUUGACAUUGAAGCUGCCGGUCAGGCCAAGUUAAAAGAAGGUGAUGGAGAAGAAGAUGGAAGCCCAAUCAAAACUCCACAAUUAGAAUUGACUCAGGAUGGAAAGAGCAAUUCCUUGAGAGUAGACGGGGAAAAUAUUUAUGUCAGACAUAGCAAUUUAAUGUUGGAGGACCUGGAUAAGACCCAGGAAGACUUACUGAAACACCAGGCUAGCAUUAGUGAGCUCAAGCGCAAUUUCAUGGAAUCCACACCUGAACCUCGCCCAAAUGAGUGGGAAAAGCGCCGUAUCACACCUCUGUCCCUCCAGACACAAGGGAAAAAAGGAGACCACAUUUUCCAAGUGAAAACGCUGCCUGGGAAGGAGAAGCAAUGGACUGCAAUGGCAUGGAUUGCUGAAGCAAAACCAGAGGAAACCGAUAAGAGCCUAGAAGAGGAGAUAACGUCCAUUUUAUUUAGCAAGGCGGCCUUUGGCGCCAGCCCGAGGCCAGCAGAGGGCGCUGCAGGGGAGGACACCGCCGGCACCGCACCGCCCCCACAGAGACAUGCUGCCAGAGCAGAAGGGCCUUGUACUGGAGUCAGCGAUGCUGAUAAGAGUUCACAUGAGACUCUGGACAUAGUGGAGGAGAAGAAGCAGGCAGAGGUUGGGAUAGAAGAAACACUAGUCGUAGACGAAACCAACAAAGGGAAAAUGCAAGUUGCCACUGAUGCUGGGGAAACAUGUAAGGUGGAUCACCCGUCAAAAAAGGACUCUUCAUCAUUGCCAUCAGAUAGUAGCAGCAGCAGCAGUAGUAGUGAGAGUGAGGAUGAAGAGGUGGGAGAAUACCAGCCACAUCAUAGGGCAAUUGAGGAAGUCAUCAGGGAAGAACAGGAAGAAGAGGAAGAUGUGAAAAGGGAAGAAUGUGAAGAAAAAAGGCAACCUGUGGAAGCCACGCCAGAAGGCAGUAAACUAAAUGUACCAGUUGAGCACACACAAGUUAAAGCUGAAGAUUUGCUCCAGAAAAAUGUAGUUACCAUAGCUACAGAAGAGAAGAAUUUGUCAGAGGAAAUUAAGCAGGAUUUAGGUGAAGAAAAAGAGGAAGAACAGCUCAAACUCAAUGGAGAUGUGUCUCAUGUUGACAUUGAUGUUGCACCAGAAAUAAUUUGUUGUUCUGAGCCUCCAGUAGUGAAAACAGAGAUGGUAACCAUUUCAGAUGCCACACAGAGAACUGAAAUCUCCACUAAAGAAGUUCCAAUUGUUCAAACAGAAACUAAAACUAUCACAUACGAAUCUCCACAGUUUGAUGGCAGUCCUGGUGGUGAUGCUGGCAUGCUGCUGAGUGCACAGACAAUUACGUCGGAGUCCAUUUCUACUACCACAACUACACAUAUCACAAAGAUGGUAAAAGGUGGGGUGUCAGAAACAAGAAUUGAGAAGCGCAUUGUCAUUACGGGAGAUGCUGACAUUGACCAUGAUGAGGCCCUGGCACAAGCAAUCAAAGAAGCCAAAGAACAGCACCCUGACAUGGCUGUCACAAGAGUGGUGGUGCACAAAGAAACUGAACUUGCUGAGGAAGAUGAAGAGUAAAAUAAAAACUGCCCUCAAGCAUAUACUUCAGCUUUAAGAGACUUCUAGAAAUGAUGAGGACUAUUCAUAAAAUGCCAGAAAUGUAUGAAAAACAAGACAUGGACUUGAUUCCAAACUUGAUGUAAGCACUGUAAGUUUUAUUCCUGUAUCAGAGUUUCUAAGUGCUGACGAUUUCACUGUCAGGUAUCUCUUCUGUGGUCCAGAGGACCUCCUGGAUGCUAGAACUAUAAUGUUUGUUUAGAUUAUCUGAGUUUAUAAAUUAAUUUUUGGCCAGUUUUCCUCUGAUCUUGCUGAGAAGCUGGAGAUUUUAUACCACAUUGGAGCUAAGUCUGAGCUACCCCCUGAAAAUGUCUUCAGUUUAAGUCAGAUUAUUGUGUGUUUGAAAAAGGAAUGAAUAAUUUUUGCUCAUAAGUGUACAAAUCAAGAAAGCAACAUGGAUCAAGUUUGGAAAUGCUAGUUUAGCACUCAUUUGGGUAUUGUUAUAACAGCAAUACUUUUGUAAUUAUUAUAACUUCAUAUAAUGCUAUAAACUGUGGAAAUAACAAAGGGGGCAUUGCUUGUGAGAGAGGAUUGAGGAAAAGUCACGAAAUUAGGAACACAGAGCAUAUCUGUUUUCUCACUACCUUUAUUUCAAUGUUCAGUUGGACUUUUUUGUAGCUUCAUUGCUUAGUGACACUGAAAAUGUAUAUAGUAAGCUCCAGCUUUGUUUUGAAAGCACAAGAGAGGACAUGGAACUACACUAAACUGGGAGAUAGGUGUAUGUGGACGAGUCCUCACAUCAUAUAAAUGCUCCAGAAGGGCUUGGAAAAAUCCACAGCACUUUUGACAGAGGUAUCAGUUUGUAGCAAGGGUAAUGCCUGUGAUCUUUAUAAUUUCACUGGUCCCUUGGUACACAGCAACAUUAAAGAUGCAUGCUCAAGCCAUCCUUCUCAUUUUUUCAGCAUUUACAUAGAAGGAUCUGAGGUAGAAAGAUACACUGACAGCAGAACAGAUAUUUUUGUUUUGCAAGGAUUUACUAUUAUAAUAUGUCCUACCAUUGCAUUUUCAUUUAUUAUUUAUCAGUAUGAAUUUAAAGGUCUUGGGAGCAGGGAUUGUGGCCAGCUACAAAGUUGAUUCUGUUCUUCAUCAAAUAUUUAACUACUUUGUAAAUAUUUUAUUCAGCAUAAACAUUCAAAGAAUUUCUUCCGUCUGCUGAGGAUGUUUUUUUGCUUUUUUGAAAAACACAUACAUUGUGGAAUGGUGUUUGCAAUAUAUUGGAGUGUCAGAUGUUCUUUUCUGAGUUUGCCCAUUGCAUUCGAGCUCUUGAAAUGCUUGUGAGAGAGUAAGAAAGAACUCAUAUGAUAAGACAUUUCACCAUACUGCUGUUGUAUUUGAUUUGAGACCCGGUGACUUUUUUGACUGAUGAUGCCUUUCAGUUAAACAUUAAAGAAAAAAUGUGGUUGCCUAAACAUAAGCCACCUGAGGUGCCUUCAGUAUCUGUCUGCAGCUUGGACUAUCAGGAGCCCUAUGCCCUCCAGCAGCAGCAACUGAAAGGCAGGUGGGACUGCAGGAACAGCUCUAGGCUGUGGCAUUUAGGCAGUGGAGUCAUGCAUGAGUUUUGAUUAGUUCUUUGUAAGGUGCUGAAAGCUCUGCCCGAUGACUGUGGCAGUAUUGUUUGUGUAGACUUAUUUUCCCUAAUUACACUCUGACUCUGAAGGCUUAUUAGUUGAACAAAUAAUCUUCAUUUUUUUUAUUGUGGAUCAAAGUUUUCAUCAAACUGUGCAAGAGGUGACUUAAAAUAUUAUGGGAAUUUUGUGGUUGGAAACCAUACACUAAAGCAAGAAGCACUGAUAGAAAAUGAAUUUCUGUUUACCCCAUGGUUGAAGAGGGCUGUAGUUACUGCAACAUUUCCUUAUGAAAUAACCUGCCCCCAAAAUAACCUAUAUGAAAAAAAAUAUUUCUUGACUCUGAUGCUGUGACAUUCACAUAGUAUCUGUUAUGAACGCUUAUGUAAUUUUUCUCCUUCC